AUGCAACGAAGCGAUAGGCUUUUACGCGAUGCUCCAGGUCCAUUUAUGGGAAUGGAGCUGUGGUCAUCAGCUGUUUGCUUCAGCUUUCUAAGACCUUAUAUAGCACUUCUCAGGCAGAACACGCCUCCUGGACGAUAUCUUGCAGCUUCAUGCAGGAAUGUCGAACAAUUGUUAGCACAAGCUGAAAAGUUCGCACACAAUAUUCCUGGAGGCAUAUCUUACGGAAAGAAUGCCGUAUGA